AAGCUGGGUGAGAGAGCCCUGGAGGGAAAGACAGUCCCCUGACCUCGAGUGCGAGGGCCCACGGACAGGGCCUCCUGCUCUCAGGGGCCCACAGCCCAGCAGGGCUCAGCUCUGGGGGUCCUGGUCUCACGGUGGGCCUGGCUGCCACUCACCCCCAGGGAGAGUGGGCAGGUGCUCUCGCGCCGGAGGGCGGCGGGGGCGGGUGGCGAUGCCUCCCCCAUCGGAGCUGUUGGCGAGCCGGGCACGAUGGGCGGAUGGAGGCUGGAGCUCAGCAAACAGCUGCUGCUGUCCCUCUGUGAGCAGGCCGAGCCCCCGCCGGGGCCGCCCCGGGCGCGAUGGAGGGCUGCCCCACCCCGCCCUGCCGGGCGCCUACGGUGCCAGCCCGCCCCCCAGCCCUGGCAGGGCCCCCGGGGUAGAGGGCAGGUGCGCGGGGCGUGGGCGCUGACCCGCUGUGUUUCAGAGCUUCGGCAGCCCCAACAGGAAGCACGUGGGAGUCAUCCUGCAGCGGGGCGCGCUGGCGCUGCUCCUCUGUUGCCUUCCCUGCUGGGCGCUCUUCCUCAACACCCAGCACAUCCUGCUGCUCUGCAGGCAGGACCCGGCCGUGUCCAGGGGCGCAGGCUGCUCAGCUCAGAGCCCUGGUUCUCCCGCAGGCUGGCCCAGGAGUACGUGCAUGCUUACAUCCCAGCGCUUCCGGCAAAUUUUCUUUACAGCCUGCUGGCCAAAUAUCUGCAAAAUCAGGGCAUCGUGUGGCCCCAAGUCCUCAGCGGCGUCGUGGGCAACUGCGUCAACGGGCUGGCCAACUACAUCCUGGUUUCCGUGCUGGGCCUGGGGGUCAGGGGCUCGGCCUGUGCCAACACGGUCUCCCAGUUCACGCAGGCUGUCUUCCUGCUGCUCUGCAUUGUGAAGAAGAAGCUGCACCUGGACACGUGGGCAGGCUGGUCCAGCCAGUGCCUGCAGGACUGGGGCCCCUUCUUCCGCCUGGCCGUGCCCAGCAUGCUCAUGACUUGCAUUGAGUGGUGGGCCUACGAGAUCGGGAGCUUCCUCAUGGGCCUGCUCAGCGUGCUGGACCUCUCUGCCCAGGCUGUCAUCUACGAGGUGGCCACUGUCGUCUACAUGAUUCCCAUGGGGCUCAGCAUCGCGGUCUGUUUCCGAGUGGGGACGGCCCUGGGAGCCGCAGACACCGUGCAAGCCAAGCGAUCUGCCGUCUCAGGCACCCUCUGCAUGGUUGGCACCUCGCUGGCCGUGGGCACCGUGUUGAGCCUCCUGAGGAACAAACUGGGCCACAUCUUUACCAAUGACGAGGAAGUGGUCGCCCUGGUCAGCAAGGUCCUGCCGCUUUACAUCGUCUUCCACCUGUUUGAGGCAGUCUGUUGUCUCUACGGUGGGGUCCUGAGAGGGACCGGCAGGCAGGCCUUCGGGGCGGUCGUGAACGCCGUCGCGUACUACGUCGUCGGCCUCCCGCUGGGCGCCGUGCUGACCUUCGUGGUCGGGCUGGGGAUCACGGGCCUCUGGCUGGGCAUGCUGGCCUGUGUCUUCCUGGCCGCCGCGGCCUUCGUCACCUCCACCGCCUGGAUGGAUUGGAAGCGCGCCGCGGAGGAGGUGCAGAAACGCGUGGGGCUGCCGCCCCAGGCCGCUGAGAGCGCAGCCCCCAGCCUCAGACCCGGGCCCGAGAGAGCGGUCGUAUCUUCAGUGGCUACGGGCAGCUACCCUGGCGUGACCCUGACAAUGUACUCAAGGCCCGAGGCCCAUCUGGACCUCUUCGGGACUCCGGAAGCAGCCCAACCCCUGCCAGCUCCCCCUGGCAGACUGUCGGCCAAACAGCUGGCCAUCCGCCGAGGGGCUGCUCUGGGGGCAGCGACGGGCACGCUGGUGGUGGGGCUUGUCAUCAGGGUCCUGACUGCCAGGCCCUAGCAAGAAAGGAAGCAGAGAGUGGCUGCCCAGCCCACGUCCUCAGAAACAGACCUUCAGCCGGUGCCUCGUGUGACGUGACGGGUCUGAACUGCGGCGAACUGCUCUUUAGAAGGCCUCAGCUGACUGGACGACGAGGCUCCUGGGGG